CCUUGAUGCAUAGCAACAGGUGAGCCCUGUGCACCACGGUAGCAUCCACUAUGGACUAGGACAUGGACCAAUCGGGCCGAAAUGGAAGUUAUCAUUUCCUUAAGACCUUGGAUCGCCUCCUCCCAUCCUUCAUCUGAGCUCCUGGUGAAUGUCAGUGUUCACCUCCUUCUGAACAUUCUCUAAUACUACAGCCAUUCACUCCUUUAUAUGCUGACAUUAAGACAUACCACAAUGUGAGGUGAACAUGCUUCAAUAUGACGGCACACAUCUUCUGGAGUGUGUUCACAUGGACAUUCAAGGGGCUCCUGUGCACCUGCAGGUACUUGUGGAUCUGUCCAUAUAAUGCAAUCAAAUUCUUGCCAAGGCAACAAUUCAUUACUGAGGGAACGAGCCGACGUCAGAGAAAGCUUGUGGGCCCUGGGAGUAAAGGGAUUAUAGCCAUACCAGGAAGUCCCGACCGCACUACAGCCCUUCAUAAACGGCUCACCAAAACCGAGAAGGAGAUACUGUCGCUCAAGACCAGGUUUGCCUGUGAGAGAGCAUCAUGGGAAAGGAGGUUUGCUUAUCUGCAGAGAAAACAGGAAGAGCUACACAAUCAGGUGGCCUCUCAGGGUGGAGUGUUGGUGAAAGUGGGCAGUUUUGAGGACCAGGGGGGGUCAGGAGUGGACAAUGGCGAAGUAUAUCAGGAGUGUCCAAGGAAUCUCCCAAGAAUUACGUACCAGCGCAGGGGAUCUGAUUUGUCAACGAGAGGCCUCACGUACGCCAGCAGUUUGACAGGCAGCCACUUCUCCACAUAUUCAACGAUGAGCUCCAGACCUGCCUCGUCCUCAUCUUCUGGCGCCAGUAGAUCAUGGAGGGCAUCCAAACCGCCUCACCGGGUUUUUGUACCACACUCCCCCAUGGACCUGGAGUUGGGUCACCGCGUCAGGAUCAUGCUGCCAAAUGGAAGGAUCAGCACAGGAACUAUCCGUUUCCUGGGCCACCUGCAGGGGGAGGCAGAUCUCCACCUUGGGGUGGAGCUGCAGACAGCUCAUCACGGAAUGAAUGACGGCAGCCACAGGGGACACUGCUACUUUGAAUGCAAACCUGGUUAUGGGGCAUUUGUACCAUUCCACAAACUACUGAUGGCCUGGGAAUGACAAAAUGACAGACAACCGAGCUUGGCAACUGGUUGCACCAGAAAACUGAGUGUAAAACACUAGUUACAGUUACCUUAUUGUAAUGCAACACAUCUUUGUUGCACAUACUGUACAUACAAAGUUAUGUAUGCCAUUUGUACUGAGCCCAUGAAGGCUAAGAUAAGAAAAAAUAAAAAGCUGUUUGUAAAUCAGUUCCACACCAAAGCUGUGCCCACAGCUUGUAAAUCCAUGACUGAAGUUUGCAUAGCUGUGUGCACUGUUGAAAAACACCCUGGGUACUGGUUCUGAGAAGUUACCCAAAAUCUAUGUGCACAGAUUUACAAACUGUGGUAAUGGAUUCAAAAAUGGCUUUUACAUUUUUUCUAACCUUGGCCUUCAGGGGCUCCCGACAUAUGUCUUGUCUGAUAAUCACAAUAAAAAUACAAUAAAAAAAUCAGUUCCU